AUGUCUCCCGGCGUCGAACGACUCAAAGAUGAAGGCACACGGACGCAGGUCGUCAUCGCCGGAGGUAUAGCCGGACUUGUCUCGAGAUUCUGUAUCGCCCCUCUUGAUGUCGUCAAAAUCCGUCUUCAGCUCCAAAUCCACUCCCUCUCCGAUCCGACUUCACAUUAUGGACUGAAGGGGCCAGUAUACAAGGGCACACUUCGGACGAUGCAGGCCAUCGUCAGGGAAGAGGGGAUAGCUGGUCUAUGGAAAGGCAACAUUUCCGCCGAACUCCUCUACGUCUGCUAUGGCGGCCUCCAAUUCGCAGGCUACCGCACAACAACCCAACUCCUCCAAGAACUCCCAACCCGACUACCCCCUACAGCCGAAUCAUUCGUCUCCGGCGCUGUUGCCGGCGGUAUAGCGACAGCAACAACAUACCCCCUCGAUCUACUCCGCACCCGCUUCGCCGCACAGGGAAACGAGCGCAUCUACGCCUCCAUUCUAGGCUCAAUUCGCGACAUUAACCGUACCGAGGGGCCACGGGGAUUCUUUCGCGGUUGUUCUGCCGCUGUAAUGCAGAUCGUGCCCUAUAUGGGUCUCUUCUUUGCGACAUAUGAAACUCUGCGACUACCAUUGGGAGAAAUGCCAUCUCUUUUACCGUUUGGAUCGAGUGAUGCUGCGGCGGGUAUGUUGGCGAGCGUUAUUGCGAAGACGGGCGUGUUUCCACUCGAUCUUGUGCGGAAAAGACUUCAGGUGCAGGGACCGCAUAGGUCGCGAUAUGUGCAUACGAAUAUUCCGGAGUAUAGCGGAGUUGUGAGGACGAUUGUGAUCAUUCUCCAAACACAAGGGGUUAGGGGAUUGUAUCGUGGGUUGACGGUUAGUUUGAUCAAGGCUGCGCCGGCCAGUGCGGUUACGAUGUGGACGUAUGAGAGGGCGUUGAAUUUGAUGCGUGAGAGGGAGUAG